AUGGCGUGGUUUGGCGAAGACGCAGAAGCAUGCACGGCCUGCGGGGAUCGCGCAGAGCUGCGAUGCUCGCGCUGCAAGGCGCCCUACUGCUCAGCUCCAUGCCAGCGAGGACACUGGCAGACACACCGGGUUACUUGCUCGCCGCGCUUUGAGGCGGAUUUGCGGCCGGAGCUGCGGGACUUUGCGCCUCAGAGCUGGAAGGACCUGCCGGAGGCGCGGAAGGACCGGGAGUGCUUCGGCCUUGCCACGCUGCAGGCCCUUCAGCAAAUGCCUAAAGGCUGGCGACUUGAGCCGGUCAAUGGGAGAUGUGUGAUGUGGGUGCUUGGAGCUCGCGAUGGCAUCGAGAAGCGGCAGUUGCUGCAGGGUGGCUGGGAGCGCUUGCUGUCUGCUUUGGAGGUCGGUUGGGACAUAGUGCUAAUCGGACCAGAGAUGCAGGAGGACAAGGCGGUCCUGGUGCAUAAUGGGACGCGUGUCUUCACCUUUGCGCAGCUCUUCCACGAGAUUCAGCUUCCACCGCACCUCCAGAAACCAACCUUCACCUGUGCUUUCAACUCAGGUCUGGGUGCCAGCGUGCCGCUGCACAUGAAGCCCUGGAUUCGUACACUGGUGCAGCUGCUGGCCCAAAAGGCGCCGCUGCUGCUCACCUGCUUCGGGGACUACGAGGCGCGGCUGGAGGCGGCGCUGCUGAGGGCGCUGCGGGCCAACUGGCAGAGCCACCGCGCCGGCGGCUUCGGUCACGUGCUGGAGGCGGACAAGCCCCUGAGCGUUUGCAACGCGAUGUUCGCCUGGGUGAAAGGCAGCGAGCUGCCGGAGGACGUGCUUGUGGAGGAAGGCAGGGACGAGGUCGAAAAGCAGAUCGAGGCUUGCCAGCUCUUCCAGUUUGUCAAGGAAAUGCCCAGCCUCAUUCGCAUCUUGAGCGACCCAGACACCUCUGCGCACGCGGGAUGGGCCGAGAUGUAUGAUGGCCGGUUCAUCCCGGCCUUGAAGCACGCCUUGGAGGAGGAUGACGACAACCGGGGCGGUGUGCAGCAGAUUGUGCGCUGCGCUAUGAAGACCUUGGCCGCAGCCUGCGAGGUUCCCUGUGCACGCCGUCUUUUCCGCUACUGCGACGGCCUUGACGUGCUGCGGCGCUUCCAGGGAUGGCUGCGAGAGGCAUCCUGGACAAGUCACGACUGGAUGAGGGAGGAGGUGGACGGCUGGGCGCGCGCCACCCUGAAACUCCUGGAGUCGUCGAGUGGCGAGUCGCUGGCGGCGAUCUCCGCCGGGGAGCCGCUGCGCGGCUUCUGCGCGCGCCUGCAGGUGCGCUCCUCGGCGCAGCUCUUCGAGCAGCCAGGUGGGAAGCUGGUGGCGACGCUGGGCCGUGGACACCAGCUGGCGGCAAGUGCGCAUCAGGGCCUUUGGAUCCGCGUGAGUUACAACAGCAAGGUCUGCUGGCUGCACGACUUUGAAGGAGGCAAUGUUUGCGACAUUACCUACUGGGAUGUCAGCAGCUGGGCGGAGCAGUCCGCCCACUACUUCCAGGACCGAGCAAUGGGCUGCAUGAGCCAGGAACGCUAG